GGGAAACAGCAAACACUUCUCCGAGACAAAUGCAAAAGCAGUGAUUUAUGAGCCAUAAAAUGAUUUAUUGUUUGUCUCAAGUUAGUUAAACUUAAAACUUUGUGACAUUGAUGGUUACAUCGUAAUCAUCGAAGCUACAUUUGUUGUAAAAUCUAAUCUACACUGUCUUCCAAUUUUCCUUUGUAUUCUCCAUCCACUCUCAUUGAACAUUUGCACUUUACCCCCUUUUGUGCUUUCUCAGAUUCCUCACACACCGUUUUAGAUCUUAACGCCUCAUAGCUUAUAUUCUCACCGACCCACUUCGCCAUUUUCACCAUCCCUUGCAGAUCACGCACCCUUUUUGCCAGAUAAGAAGAAAAGUUUGGUUUUUGAUUUGUGGGGUUGGUUCCAAAAUGGCCUCUUUCUCGGUCCCAUGCCCCAAAUGCCCUUCUCAUUCUUCUCCUUUGGGGUUGAAAUCCCACAAGCUCUGGUUUCAAACUGGGUUGAGCUUUAAGCCUUCUCUGUCAUUUGGAUCUUUGUCUGCUGAAUCAACUUCAUUUAAGAUUCGGGCUGCUUCUGUAGAAAAUUCUUCUAAUUCUGCACCUGUACUGGUCAAUGGACCUAAUGAUGCUUCAUCAAAAGGAAAAGAAAACAAAAAUGGGAAAGUCUCUGGUAGCACUAUCCCAGAUGCAUCAUCAAUUACUGCAUUCAUGACUCAAGUUUCAGACCUUGUAAAACUCGUGGAUUCGAGAGAUAUUGUAGAAUUUCAACUUAAGCAAUCAGACUGCGAACUCAUGAUAAGAAAAAAAGGAGCGCUGCCACCUCCACCAGUUAUAGCCCCAGCAUCAGCACCAAUGCACUAUCCCACACUUUCUUCUCUGCCGCCGCCGCCACCAGCAACUUCUGCUCCUGCAAGCUCUCCACCUCCAAAAGCAGCACCUGCCUUACCUUCCCCUGGAAAAGGAAGCUCAUCAUCUCAUCCCCGGCUGAAAUGUCCAAUGGCAGGAACCUUCUACAGGAGUCCAGCACCUGGUGAACCUCCAUUUGUCAAGGUGGGAGAUAAAGUGCAGAAAGGCCAGGUUGUUUGCAUUAUUGAGGCUAUGAAACUGAUGAAUGAAAUUGAGGCUGAUCAGUCAGGAACAAUAACUGAGAUAUUAGCAGAGGAUGGGAAACCAGUUAGUGUAGACAUGCCUCUUUUUGUAAUAGCUCCAUGAGUACCAGAAAGGACCUUACUUCAAAGUUAGUGGAAUCUUCCUUUGUUGGAUAAGUGACAUUCGAAGAUUUAGAUUUUCGGUUAUUCAGAAAUUUCUUGAAUGUUUAACAAGUCCUUGGCUUCUUAAGCCCCCACCCCCAUUCUCUUAAUUUAUUAAGAUAUUUGGACAUAAAAGAUCCAGAAUAUCAGACUGAAUGAAUAUUGGACUUUACAGCUCUAAGCAGUUUCGACAUUUGCAGUGUUCAUGUUUU